UUUUAGACUAUUUUCAGACAAAUUAUUUAUGUAGUCCCGCGUAACCGGAAGUAGGUUGUCAGCGGCUUCUCCUAGUAGACUUUUCGCCUGGGCUAUUUUCGUUUUGAGAGAGAUUUGGUUGAGAUUUAGCGUCUGUCGAGACACAGAACACCUCAGAUUUCAGCAAAUUCCGUCUAAAAGAAACGAAUAUCAAGAGCUUGACCAAAAUUGUGUCUUAUUUUGGCACUAUGCCGUAAAUCGAAGUUUCAUGCGAGGAGUUUAGAGACCUUCGUUUUCGCCUCAGCUGUCAUCUGGAAUGAUGCAAAAACGACAACAUUCACACGCCUCAACGAACCAGGUUAUAAAUAACUUCUUUUGCUCUGCAAUUUGAUGAUGGCAAGCAAUAGCCAGGACGAUGGAGUUUUGCAACAACUCCGAGAUCGCUGGAGUGCUUAUAUGAGAUGCAGUUCGACUGAAAAACCACAGGAGAAAAGCAAACACCUGGAGCUUUUUAUGGUGGCGUUUUUACACGCCUAUCGUGCUGCAAAAGGGGAUUUGAACAAGGUUUCAAGCUUUGGUGAUAUUUACAGUGUUAGCAAUGUGUUGACAAGUGAGUUCCAGUCUGCUAUUCUUCUGAAAUGUCAAGAUGAAACUGAACAGUCAUUGGUGGAAUAUCUUUGUCAUGGGCAAGGUCUUCUUCUGCUUCAGAUGUUGUGCAUUCUAGCGAGCAAGGUUGCUGGAAGUAGAUUAGAGCUUUCUAAUCUACUAGUUUCUCUGCUACCUGUGGUUCUCAAGGUGCCGUUACAAGAUUAUGAUCCUCUUUUUGGAUUGGAUUUGAUCUUUGCUGAUUUUGAUGAACUUUGGUGGGACUCGAAGAGCAUCUCUCGCCACAAUAGCAUUGUCAAAGACAUGAUUCUUUUGUCCUCUCAGGAUCCUGUUGACUCGAACCUGAAUUCUAGUCAUCUUCAAAAGCAAGGUCAUGAAAUUGAUAGCGAACCCCUGAAAUCAGCUGAAGAUGAGAUCGACAGAGAUGACCACCCUCUCAACUUCCCAUUUUCAGUCAAGGACAAAUCUGAAAGUCCCAUCACUACAGAAGAAAGUGACGCAUACACAAGCCUCACAAGUGUGACAGACAUUGACGGCAUGUUAAGUACUAAUGUUAGCGAGUGUUCUGAUGCAGAAAUUAGCAGUACACAGACAAAUGGAACCAAGCCUCCUUGUAGUGGUCCCCUAAAGCAUGUUAUUGAAGGAAAAGACGACAACACUGUACAUUCUAAUUUGGCUGCUGAAAAUGUUACUAGAAAUGAUUGUAGCAUCAAUAACUUUCAACUGGCACUUCUUCUUCUCUCAACAUUGGAGAACCUGGCAUGUCAAAGCAGUUCGUCCCUUCAAGAUUCCGACCUGCUAAUGCAUACGAGUGGUCAGCUCAUAGACAUUCUGUAUACCCUUAGUGAUGCUAAAGAUCACAGUGGCGAAGUUCUUUGUGAGUGGGAUCCUGCUGCAGCUACUGCAAUUCAGCUUGUAAUAUUAAGGACAGUUUUUGCAAUUCUCUACACGGCAUGUAGAAAUCCAAAGGCUGCCAAACAGCUGUCAAAGACGUCAUAUGUCCAGAAGCUCUUGGAGGUGAUCUCUGGGGGUUGCCUUGACAAAGAGUUCUUAACAACUCUACAGCACAUUGAACUUGCUAAGGUUGUCACUGAAGCUGGUGAUCAUGGAAGAGAUCUGGAGUCAAAGUUGUCUUGUUCGGAUUUGUGGAGAACAUUUCAGCAGGAGUUGCUCGUAGGUUGCUUCUUACAAGGUCUCUUACUCUUUGUGAUGACUUGCAUCCACUAUGGCACCUUGAUCAACUCAACUGUAUUUGUACUGUGCCAUGAGAUUUUUGAGCAGUUCUCAUCUAACGGGGGUUUUGAAUUUGUCGCCAUAUUGCUUCUAAAACUGGAUGAAGUUUAUUCACAAGAGGUGAGUUCUGAGAACAAAGAUGGCCAGCUUGAUUGGAAGUUGACAUCAUUAUCUUCAUCUGCACGGAGAAUAGAACAAUACCCAAGGAAUCUAACAAAUCGGAUGGUGAGGAACUUGGGCAGGAUGAUCUCCAUGUUAAAGAAAGGCAAGAGUUGUUGCAAAAGUUCUAGAGAUGUCGUUCCUAGAAAAAGUUCUGUGGUGGCAUCUGGGUGGCCUGUGGCUCUAGAGGAUGACUUUGAAAUGGGUAUGGUCUACCCCCAGAGUUCUGAGGUGGAGGAAAGCUCAGAAUCUGCUGCCGAUAUGGAGUUUGAAAAAGCAAAGCAAGACCAGUUUCCAGAAGACCUUUGUACAGUGUCCAGACCUGCCAUUACACUACUGACUGUUGUCAAGGAGAUCAAAAAUCCAAAGUUGAGGAUGAGCAUACUCACCUGUCUUGAAAAAGUUGGAAUUUGUCGUUGUGUCUCACCUGACGUUCUAGUGACCACUCUUUUAAACAAGUUUGUUGACCAAUCAAAAGACCUUCAAGGUGUUACUCUAAGCCUUAUCAACCAACUGGUGCUCACUGAAAUUGAUCGUGUAGAGGACGAUGCUGAUGUAUUGCAGUCUCAAACUUUUCAUUCUAAAAGAGUGCAGAGAUUUCGCACCAAGUCAUCAAAACAAAGUCCUGGGCGAAGUGACAGUGGUUUCUCAGCUAGUGAUUUCAGUGCCACCGCACUUAGAGGGCAUGUUAGAGAUCUCAACAAAGAUGGAAAACCACUCUGGACGUGCCUUUCGCAGUACUGUGCCCUUGUGUGUUAUAAGGACACACACGUGGCUGUAGAGGUUGUAAAGGCACUCAAACCCUUGGCUACUUUAGGAUCAAAGCAUCUAAAAGGCGAACUGUUCCGUAUGGUAAUUCUUCCUUGCAUGUUACGCUGUGAGGGAGUUUUCACUGAAGAUGUUGCUGAGCCACUUAGAAAAAUCAGAGCACGCAGUUGGUCUGGAUCAUUCAGUUCAGAGUGGCAGGAGAAGAGAGUUACGUCGUUCAUAGGAAAUACGUUUUCUGGCUUUCCGAGAGAUGCUAGCAAUCCUCUCCUUUCUGAACAACUUCAUACAGAAGAUGGGGUGUGUAGAGACGUUCUUGAGCAUUGCAUCUUGUUGUUGCCCUCACUUCUUACCUGCUUGGACUCACGAGAACUGUUUCUUAACUGUGGUGGCUUGAAUGAGCUGCAGUGUUUUCUAGCACUACCACAGCUUCAAGAGCCAGUUCUUAAUGUGCUUGAGUUCCUUGCCAACAUGGAAAAUCAGGAGGCAUCAAGAAGGCUACUCCAGGCAGAGGGAGGAUACCUCAACACAGGGUCGCCAGAGACAAGCAGUGAAGAGAAAAGUGAUAGCAAAGUCUGUUGCAAAAGCUUUCUGUCUUUGCUUCAGUACACGACAUUCUUUGUAGAGACAGCAAAUGAAGGGGAGGACAAAACACCACAAGUCUCUCAGGUGGUUUCAUGCCACCCCGCUGAAUCAUCACUGAGGGUGAAUGUUUGGAGGUCAUGUCUUCAGCUGUUGGUUUCAAAUGAGUUGUUCUGUGAACUGUUUCUCCAGGAUGACGGAAUUGUGUACAGCUAUCAUUUGCUGCAUUGUUUGUUCGAGGUAUUUCAGGGUCAUGUUUCACCUGUUGUUACUGCCGAGAAUGAGGAUAUUCCGUUUUUGAAGGAUCUUGUGGGUUUGUUUGAGUCUGUUUUACCAGUCUGUAUGAGAAUGGCGCACAUGGAAUAUUGGCAAAACAAAGAGAAACUUCCAAGUCUUGAGCAGCUGGUAGAAGAAGCAAAGAAAACGUUUUCGGAAUCUGGGAUUUUGCAGAAAUUCCUCAGCAAAGGAAUAAGUGAUUGUUUUCUCAAAGCGUCAAUGUGGCAACUGGAUGGGAUUGUAAAUUCUGCUCAACUGAACUUUGAGAUGAAACAACAAAGGGAUGCAGUCUUAAGGAGAGGAAGCAAUGGUGACAGUCAAGAGGAGUGGUCACAUCCUUUGGAAGAUGAUGAUGACGACGAGGAGUCAAACGGCAACGAAAAGGGCGGCAAUUUGAUGCUGGAAGAGGGUUAUGAUGCAGAUCAAGAAGAAGGAGACUCGGAUAGGAGUGAUGAAACAGAACCGAAACUUAUUAAAAACAAGAAGCAGCCUAAACAGAGAAGACAAAACGAAUACUCAAAGCAACUGCAGAUCAGAAAGGGCCUCGUUAUUUACCCACAGAUUCCCACUAUCCUACUGCAGUUGUUGAAAGUGUGCUAUGGCAGCAGACUUUGUGCUGGGGAUCCAGAAUGUCUCGUUGUCGUGCUCCAUGCUGUAGAGAAUCUACUUUUCUUGCUACGAGAUUGUGAAGAGAAUUGUAACAGACUCUGCCAGCAUGGGCUCAUUGAGAUCCUGCUGGAGUGCUUUCAUGAUGCUAUGACAAUGCACGAUCAAGCAUUGAAAGGUCUGCAGUCUCUUGUUGUUGAGGUGUUUGUGUGCCUUGCAAGUAACAGUAUCAGUGCAGCAGAACUGUGGAAGUUCCUUACACUGUUCAAUUCUCCAGAACCUCCUGUGCACUUACUGUCCGCUGCGUUAUCUGAAGUCGCUGCUAAAGCUAGCACCAAUUGUGGUCCAGCAUUCGUGAUGUCAUUUCCCUGCUGUGCUAAGGGAGUGGAAAGAAGGGCUACUGCAAUUACAAGUAGUAAAGUGGCCAGUGGAAAAUGGAAACAAAUAAAGGGAAAAAGAUCUAUUAAAAUCAAGUCGCACUCUCCACAAGGAAGUGAUGGCAAUGUGUCUACUGAUGAGGACAGCAUGCAAAGUGGUAGCUCACCAAGCACCAGUAGAUUAGCGAUCUCCGAGAGCCCAAACAGGCAACCGAAGAGUAUUCACAGGAAAUCGAAAUCCUCAAUGGUAGGAGUACAGCGCCGGGGUAGUACAAAACGGACCACACGUAGGCAAAGUGGGAGUUCCAACUUUGCAGCUUGCAAUUCUGCUGAAUAUGAACUAAGCGAGAUAGAACAUUAUGAAGGAAGGAUGAAUUUGCCAUCGCCGUUUCUGGUAUGGGCUAUUCAGUUACCAUUUCAUGGCAGUCUGCCCCGUUCUGAGAGGGGGUUUAGUUUAGCAAUGUGGAUCUGUUUGACUUGUCCAGACCUGGGUAACGAGUUUGAAGGUGGUUUGAAACAUGCCAGCAGCACUUCGCCAGGGCAGCUUGGUAAGACGGGUGACAAGAUGACGUUGUCACGACGGGAGAGACUUGUUCACCUUUGUUCACUUGGCUCUGGGAAAAGCCUAUUCGAGUUGUGGACUGCACCUACUGAUGAGUCUCUUCUUGUGAGGUAUGUAAUGUUUCUGCUCCCUGAUCACUGCUACGGUAGUGCCCGCUUAGCUGGAGAGUUGAAAAUCGCAAUGGUGAAAAGUGUCAUUGAUGUAGUUACGCACCGUUGA